CACAUGGAUUGACCCUGAAAAUAUUGGAAAGAGCACCUACGCAUUUUACGAUGUCACUUCUACAAUUCUAGUUGAUGCAGAUCCACAGUUCCCCAGCAUCAAUAUUUAUGGAGGUGAAAGAACAGACGCAGACUCAACGCACACUGGAGUGAAGACUGUUGGGCUUUACAUAAUAGCGCCAUCACUUGUGUUCCUCCUCACUUGCAUAAUUGCUACAUUCAUCAUAUACAAGAAACGACACCGACAGCCUCUUAAUAAUAUGCAAGGGUCAUUAACAACACUGUAAAAAAAGUCCGUAAAAAUACAGUACAAUAUACCGUAAUAAUUUGAAGGAAUUUUCCAUAUUUGGUAUUUUACAGGUGUUUUUCUGUAUUGUUUUUAAUUACGCUUUGCAUUGUGGGAACAAGAAGCUCAGUCGAUAAUCGGCGCGAAAACGGUGCUAGAGCAGGCGCCAUUAUUCACGGAGAUAGUAUCGGUCAAAAUUUCAUUUUAAAGUCGGAUUGCGGGUUUGGGGAACUGUUCUUACACUUCCGUGGUUAAUUAGUUUUUGUUAAAUGUUACAUAAACUGUAACUUUAACUUAGUUGCUGUCUAGCUUGUUUGGCAAAUGAAUGUCGGAGCCGUCAUAUUCAACAUUUUCAGCACACCGUCACAUCUUACUCGACGACGUGGAGGUGUUCUCACUUUUAGUUUUAUAAUUAAAAGUUAAUUAACUUUUUAAUUGUUGUUGCGGUGUAUUUGUUACUGAGCGUGUCGUAAAGCAUCAGCAUAUUAACGUUACUGAGGUGAUGUUAAGCAGCUGUAAGAACGUUAAAUCUGAGGUAGGCCUACAACUGUGUUUAGAGCGCUUUAUGCCUUCAACAGGAGCUGGCAGAGGAAUUGUCAAGAAAAGAGGACGUUUACGACUUUUUUAUUUUUUGUAAUUUUUAUUUUUAAAGAGAUUAAGAUAAGACUAGGUGAAGAUCUGACAUCGCAGAAUUCUUCAAGGAUAACACGCCUUUUCUGCUAAACUAGACAGCGCGUCAGACGAACACAACGAAAACAAACCAUAACAAUGAAAUUAGCACAACACAACGGAAACAAGCCACAACACAACGGAAACAAGCCGCAACACAACGGAAACAAGCCACAACACAACGGAAACAAGCCGCAACACAACGGAAACAAGCCACAACAAAACGGAAACAAGCCACAACACAACGGAAACAAGCCACAACACAACAAAAUUAGCACAACAAUGGAAACAAGCUGCCACACAAUGAAAUUAGCACAACACAAUGGAAACAAGACACAACACAGCGAAAUUAACACAACACAAUGAAAUUAGUACUAUGCCUUGUGUUGUGGAGAUUUUGUUGUGUAGCGCACUACUAGGCCACUCUACAAUUCGGUAAAAGAUUUGUCCAUUGGGGAAUAAAACAUAUUGUCUUCAUAAGUGAGUCAUUAAAUCAUUCAUUCAGUUGAUUCGUUCAAAAACAACUUAUCAGUUAGAAACAAGACAGUAAAAUGACCAUAUUUAUGAGUGAGCCAUAAAAUCAGUCCUUUAACUGAUUUGUUAAAAAUGAUGAUUUAUUCAAGAGUGCCACUUUAUGUGCAACGGCUGACAAAGUAACUGGCUUGUUUCAAUGUUGGAACCAAAGUAGUAACACUACAAUCAUGAAAAUCAACCAACAAAUGGUUUGCUAAUAGUUGACUGUACACAUUCAGAUGGGAUAUUUACCAUCACAAAUCACACUGACACACAUUAUGUUUAUGACAUCACAAAUGCUUGCCGGAGACUUAAUUAGGCCUAGUAGUAUUACUUAAAUAAAACUUUUCUCUUUGCAGAACCAAUGCAUGUACGGUGACAGAAAACAAGCCUUUCUCCAAACCUCGUAUGCCAUCACCAAAGAGUUUAUCACACUUUGCAGUAGAUUUUUCAUCCAGUCGACUUAUUUGUAAGUGAGACUGCAUUAAGAAGGGCAAACCUAGCUGGGAACACGAUGGGAUCUCUGCUAGUUUAUCUACUUUUACAAGGUGUUCUGCUGUAUGAUACUUUGGGAUGGGAAGUGCGAAUGCCAAAGGAAAUUCACGGUCUCAAAGGUUCCUGUCUGGUCAUACCAUGUUCUUUCAGCUACACAUCAUACCCACCCAAAAACCCAGGUAGAGUUGUGUGGUAUCAGUACGUCUCUAGAGGUUAUCCUUUAGUUAAUGAUCCAUCGUAUCCAGAUGAUGUCAUUGAGAAGUUCAGAAGGAAAACUAGUUUAUAUGGCGAUCCUUCAAGUAGGGAUUGCAGUCUGCUGAUUAUAGGACUGGAACCAUCCCACCAUGGAGAGAAAUUAUACACAUGGAUUGACCCUGAAAAUGUGGGGUAUCGCACCUAUGCAUUUUAUGAUGUCACCGCUACAAUUCUAGUUGAUGCAAGUCCACAGCUGCCCAGCAUCAAUAUUUAUGGAGGUGAGAGGACGGGUGACACAAUCACAGUAGUAUGUUCAGUUUUCCACACGUGUCCAUACAGCAAACCAACCAUCAUUCUGAAUGAUAUAGAAGGAUCUGACAAAAUCAAGGAUGAGUCUAUUAAAGAUGGCCUGUGGAAAAUCACUCUGACACGCACAGGUGUCGUAAAGACAGAAAGCUUGAGUAUUAAGUGUUCAGUAACACAUUAUGGUGGCAUAAAAGUAACUGCUACAGAGGUCAAAAGUGCAAAAUGUGUUCAUCAUAAAAUAACGAUCGAGCCUGAACUGGCAGAUGUCACAGAGGGUGUCGCAAAGAGCUUCACUUGUAGCGUCUACCAUUCCUGCCAGAAAGAGCCAACCAUCACAUGGAACUAUGAGAACAUGCAGGUCACAAAGAGGAGCAAAACACUUUCAGGUUUUAAUCGGGUCACCUACUCAGACAUAGCCUUUCUGGGUGCAAAAGAAGACCAUGGGAAGAAACUGAUUUGCGCUGCAAAAUUUUCUGGAGGAGAUGUUUCAGCUUCUGUUGUUUUACGUGUGCAACAGUACCAGAAACCAGUCAAGAUCCUUAAUGAAAGUAUAUCUUAUUUCCAAUAUGAGGCAGAUGUGAUACCCAACAUCACUGCGUUGCCUCGUUCAUGUGUGGUAAUACCAUGCAGUUUCAAGAUGAAGGAGGAAUAUCUCACUCGACUUCAGGUUCUUUGGGUCACCGAAAAGGGUGGCUAUAUGUUCCACACUAACCCAAGCAACAUCUUAUACAACUUCAAGGGCCACACAAGACUCCUCGGAAACCCGGAUGAGCAGAACUGUACUGUGGAGAUGGAUAAUGUUCAAACUCAUGACAAUGGGCCGUUCUGUUUUCGAGCAGAAAGAGAAAAUGAGAGAUACAGCUUCAACAACAGCUGUGUGUUCAUUAUAAUGCGGGCGUCUCCCAACAAACCUGUAAUGUCAUCCCUCCCUGAAGACAUCGAGCCUGGGACAGACGUCGCUGUCAAAUGCUCAGUCAACCACACAUGCUCCACUCACCCUCCUGAAAUCACCUGGAGCGUCCCAACAGCUCGAGAAACUAUCAGCCACAAUCACAUGGGUGGAGGCGUCUGGGAAACUGUGUCCGCUGUGACCUUUAUUCCAACUGGAUAUGAAGAGAAAGAUGAAAUUGUCUGCACUGCCAACUUUUGGGGCGGUAAAACACAGGAAAAUACUGCCUUCCUGCGUGUUCGAAGAGUUCAGUGGCUUAGAUUGGAGACUCUUGGCUCUACUGUCAUUGCUCCCUCACUUGUGUUCAUCCUCAUUUGUGUACUUGCUGGAGUCUUCAUAUAUAAAAUACGACAGAGACAACUUCAUCCAGAUAUGCAGGGAUCACGAUCACAAUCUGAGAGAUCAGUUUGGAACAGAUUCUCAAGUCGUUUAAGUAUGUCUGACAGAAGAGCAGCUUGGACUAAUAGAGGAAACAGGAGUGAUAUCAGGACCACUGGAGAUGUUACUCAAAGACCAAUGAGGCAUGAACAAAGAUGGAGCACGUGGAGCCGAUUUUCUAGACACCAAUCACCCAGAACCAAUGCAAAUCUGAAAGCAGAAAACAGAACAAACAACAUUUGUAUGGUGUCAGGAAACAAGCCUUUCUCCAAACCUCAUAUGCCAUCACCAAAGAGUGAGCCAAAAUCCUCAGGUUAUGAUUAUGAGGCUGUUUACACGAACAUGGACGAUCUCAACGUGUACGGAAAUGUCUGAUGAUAAUGAACAACACAAAGUUCAACAGUGUUUUUUAUGCUCAAAGUAAUAUAAAUCAGUUUGUAUACUUUCAAAUAUAAUCACUCUUUUUGAGUCUGUAGCUUGUAUUGACUUAACUGAUUAUAUAAAUGUUGUUUCUGCUCUAUUCUGCCAUUUAUCAACACUUUCCAGCAUACUUUUGUGAAAACGUAACUAUAAAUAAAUAAAAGUGGCAUCAA